GUGUCAUUAGUCACUGACUUUAAAUUCUCCUUCUGAACUGUUCACCAGUUGCUUCCAAAACAAACAUGUUUUGGGGGCUUCUGUGGAGAGAAAGAGGAGAUUUAAGAGAAGGAGUCAAAGUUGGGAUGCCCUGCUUUCCUAUUGACCUACACAAGGAUAUCUGGGCGCCGUGAACGCAGAACAGUGCCUCCCUUGAGCUAGCUGCUCUGAGUCCUCAACAAGCGGCUAAUGCAGCUUCUCUCUCUCUCUCUCUCCAGAUAAUCUGGAGUCGGCUCUACCUCUCCCUUUAUAUUGCCUUCAAUUACUACUCAUCAUCAGAAAGUGACUAGGCGUAGAUAUACACACCACCCAAAGAAAUCCGUGAAAGUGCUCAUCUGACAACAGGUUGCUCUAGUCUCCAGCAGAGGUGCAGAAAUGCCAUCGGAGAGUGCUCCUCCUCCUCCACACCCCCUUCCUCCAGAUGGAGGGUGGGGUUGGGUAGUAGUUUGCGCAUCCUUUAUCUCCAUUGGAUUUUCAUAUGCCUUCCCCAAAGCUGUCACAGUAUUCUUCAAAGAUAUUCAGACAAUAUUCAACGCUAGCUACAGUGAAAUUGCAUGGAUAUCAUCCAUCAUGCUGGCUGUCAUGUAUGCAGGAGGUCCUGUCAGUAGUGUCUUGGUGAACAACUAUGGCAGCCGGCCAGUGGUGAUCGUUGGAGGGUUGCUAUGCUGUACCGGAAUGAUCUUGGCUUCCUUCAGUAACAGUGUGAUAGAACUUUACCUCACAGUUGGCUUCAUUGGAGGUUUAGGAUUAGCGUUCAACCUGCAACCAGCCUUAACAAUAAUCGGAAAAUACUUCUAUAGGCGACGACCCAUGGCAAAUGGCUUGGCCAUGGCUGGCAGUCCUGUUUUCUUAAGCACACUGGCUCCUUUUAAUCAAUACUUAUUUAACAAUUAUGGCUGGAAGGGGAGCUUCUUGAUUUUGGGAGGCAUAUUUUUGCACUCCUGUGUGGCUGGGUGCCUCAUGAGACCUGUCCAGAAAAGUACACGUAAGUCGAAGUCUAAAAGUAAAGUUGGUUCAAGACAUGAUGGAACUGUGAAGAAAGUGAGUAAGGAAUCAACAGCAGAAAAGAUUAAUAAAUUUUUAGAUUUCAGCCUUUUUAAGCAUAGAGGAUUUUUGAUCUACCUAUCUGGAAAUGUCAUUAUGUUUCUAGGGUUUUUUGCCCCUGUUAUAUUCUUGGCUCCAUAUGCUAAAGACAAAGGAGUAGAUGAAUAUUACUCAGCUUUGCUGCUGUCUGUGAUGGCUUUUGUGGAUAUGUUUGCUCGACCUUGUGGAGGUUUAAUAGCCAACUCCAAGUUAAUCCGUCCACGGAUCCAGUACUUCUUCAGCUUUGCAAUCGUGUUCACUGGCGUAUGCCAUCUCCUCUGCCCCCUGGCACAUUCCUAUGCAGCUUUGGUGGUCUACUCUAUAUUCUUUGGUUAUGGAUUUGGAAGUGUGAGCAGUGUCCUCUUUGAAACUCUCAUGGACCUUGUUGGACCUGCCAGGUUUUCCAGUGCCGUGGGACUCGCCACCAUUGUGGAGUGUUGCCCCGUUCUUCUCGGCCCUCCUAUUGCUGGUAAAUUGGUUGAUAAAACUAAAGACUAUAAAUAUAUGUAUAUAGCCAGUGGAGCAAUCGUGGUAAUAUCAGGCAUUUGGCUGUUCAUCGGCAACGCUAUUAACUAUAGACUCCUCGCCAAGGAAAGGAAGAGAGAGAGAGCCAGGAAGAAGAAAUCAGUCACCCAUCCGUCCAGAGAAUCGGAGGCUUUAAGCAGAUCCAAGCAAGACGAUGUUACUGUCAAAGUUUCAAGUGCACACAGUCCUCCGUCAGACAGAGAAAGAGAAAGCAAUAUUUAACGUGUCUCAUCUCAAAUCAGUGUUUAUGAAUUCACUUAUGAGUUUCUUUGUGUUUUUCAAAGUGUUGGACAGGAUUUUAGGUAAAACAAUUGAUCGCCAACAAUGAUGAAAUGAUAAUUUGGGGUUAUGAAAUCAGAAAAUCGAUGUAGAGGCUUAUUUUCAGACUUGACUUGGGGUGUUGUGAUGAGAAAGAAGAAUUUUUAAAUCUUUCCCUGACUUUUAUUUGUAGAAUGAAACCUGCAUCCCAGAAGCCUGGCUUACUUAAGCAUAUGUUUAAUUCCAUAUAAUGUCUCUCCUCAAAAGUUCAUUUUUUUAUUUGAUGUUGUUACAAAGUAAAUUGAAGACAAUUCACACACAAAGAAUCACAUAUAUAAUAUAUAUCCACACAAACACUGAGUAUCUGGAGACCAUAAAGAAAUAAAUUAAUUUGAAAGAAAAAUAUUAUUACAGUCAUUUUUAAGUAAAAGAAAAGCUCCAGGGAGAUAAUGGGACUGUGUUUUACUUGUCUGCAGUUUCACAGUGUGGCUUUAAAAUAACAGUAUGUAUUGAAAGUCAAAAUGCUAAUAACUAAAAAAUUAAGUGAUUGCUAACAUCAGAAAAAAAGUGUUUGUAAAAUAAGCUUGGCAAAAAAAAAAAACAAAAAACAAAACCCAAACCUCCUUUUUCACAGUCAUGCUUGAUUAAUCUGUGCACACAAUUUCUUUAAAAGGUUGCAAUUAGUUCCUGGUGCUGGAAAAGAGAACAACUUCCCUCCCCCCAAGUAAUUUGUAAAAUUUUUACCUAACACAUCAAUUGAAUUAGAAUUUUAGUGAGACUGAACAACCAGCUAAACCCCAUUGAUUUGUAUCUUAGCUCAUAAUGUACAACUUAAUUCUGACUUUUUUAAAAAAAAAAAAACAGGGCUCAAUCCAGAUUCAAUGUUGUGCUGCAAUAACCAAGCCAAAUAAACAAGAAUCCUAGUUGACACCUUCAAGUAGGCAAGAGUCUAUUUUUUCCAACCAAAGAAAUGACACGAGCUUAAUCUUCUGAGUAAUUUGUAAGAUAGAACUGACAAGAGUGGGGGUCAUUAUUGAUCCCACUAAAGUUUUCUAAUUCUUUACUAAAAUAAGCAAAAGCAAAAGAAAAGGAACCCAGGCCUUGACUUCAGACCCUGAAGAUGUCUCAUGGUAGAGGGAACACUUGAAAGUUCUGCUCCCUACUGAUUUAGACUGCCUGUUGCCUGAACAGAAGCGAGACAUUGGAGCUUGAUGGGUGGCAAGACACUUCUAAAAAUACAGGUGUGGGGACUUCUAGAUAUAUAGUUUUAUUACACAGUAUUGACAUGGUGAAGGGUUGUUACUCAGGUUAGUUGAGCAUGUUCUCAUUUUCUUGAGUAAAAGUAACUGGGAUUCAGAAUCAUUCCUAAGACACUUUUGACCGAGCCGCGAUUUCCUAACCUAUAAAUAUCAGCUGAAUUUAAAUAUUGUAUAUGUCUUGUUUAAUUUUAUGAUGAAUAGAUUUACUAUUGAGUGACACCACUCCAGCAAUACCCUCCUCUUUUCUUUGCAGUAAAGGGUGGGUGCUAUUUUUAUUCCUUAGGAAACUCUACAUAGAUACUGCACUUUUAUGACAUCAACAUUAAAGGCUUGAGUCUGUUCUAAAAUUAAUACACUACUUUAAAUGUAGUACACAGGUUAAUAUUUUCAGAUUUGGUUUAUCUUCAUUUAACAUGUGCCCUUUUGAAGAUAUUUAUGAUUUUCAAUCAUUUAAUAAAGAACAGGAUGUGCCAAUAUUUUAAGGAAAUGAAUAAGGGCAACAUGUGGCACCAUAUAACAUACAACGUCCUUCAUUUUUUUUUUGCAGUGUCCUUUUCCUUAACUUGGUUCCACCCAGUCUUGAGUCAGCUAUUUUUGUGUGAUUAUUCCUUUUAUAUCCACUUUUGUUGUCAUAAAAAAUCAUUCUGGUCCAUCAUAAAGAGUUCCAAAAAGAAUGCCUUGCACUCUUUGAAAAUACCUUUUUAAACUAAUAUACUUAUCCGACAGCAGAAGAGGAGGAACAAUAAGGCAGUGACCAUGGGAUUUGUAGUCACACCUGUGUGCUUUGACAUUGCAUGCAUGCAGAGAUACUGUAGGGGGACCCUGGUGCCUUCAUUUCUCCUUGGGAAGAGGUUUAGUUGUGUCAAUAGCUGAAGAAUCAAACCAAAGCCAAGUUGCAUUUCCUUUGCUGCUUCUCAGUUGCCUUAAUUCACUUCACUUCUGAUGGUUAUUGCAUUGAUCUUUAAUGGUGUGGAAGGAUCUCAGAGCACAGGACCUGGUGUGCAGAGUCAUGUCAGAAACGUGACAUUCUAAGUAGGAAUGUCUCUAACAGACAUGUUCUAAGCUAAAGCCAUAACUUGCUUGAAUCAGUAAGAGAACUGUAAUAGAAAUGAAUCUACUUGUUUGCUCUUCCCGGUCCAACUGCAUCUGUUGAAAUACUUGUUUUUUUAAUUAAAUAUUUCAAUGACUGAGCAAAGACUGUUGGCCUAAAGCUUUUGUUCCUAUCUAAUCACAUGGUACAGGAGGAAUGUAAAUAACAUGCUUGUCUGCAACUUUAGUGCUGAAUACAUUCCUGUCACAGAAGAAUACCAGAUUUUAGAUGUUCAAGAUAAGAAACUAAAUCAAUAUCAUUGAAAUCCCCGCAAAAUCCUAAUUAUUAUUCAAAAGAAACUAGAGUACUCUUAAUUUCCAAUCACUAGCUAGUUUAUAUAUUUGCCAUUUGUUAGUUGAACAUCCCUCAUCUUUUGCUAUUUAACCUUAACAAUUUUUUACCAUACAUAGAAAGAUAAAUAGGUAUGGACUUGUUCUUACCUAGUCUUCUUUCUAGGCCAUUUUUGAAGAGGCAAGUGAGUGGGCUAGGCAGUAAUAUGUAUCACAUUGAAGACAUGACAUUUUUUCAGUAUAAAUUCACAUGACUCAUAGAGUUCUCCUUUUCGUUCUGUCUUCCAACCACCUUCACUUUAGCCACACUCCACCUGAACACCAAAAGAGAAAUGAAACAAUGAAACAAUUGGAUUUGAUAUGCACAAAAGUAUUCUGUGAGGAUGUAAUUGUCUACUCACUUGCUUCUAACCCUAUGACAUGACAAUCAAGAACACAGGAAAGUAUUAGUAAAAUUUUAUAUAGACAUUAUAAUUAGUUGAAAUUACAUUUUCCAAAAAUGUCUUACAAAGAAAAAACUCAUAUAUAGGCUAUUUCCAACCUUUAAUAGAAUAAAUUAUCCUAAAUGUUUGGUUCAGUUUAAUGGGAGAAUACAAAGUGAAGAAGGAGGUAAGAAAUCCAUGAUAUACAUUUUGCCUACACAAUGCCUUUUAAUAUUAAAACCAAAGCCAUACUAGAAGUCAUUACUUUGAUAUAAGAGAGUCUCAGUCUCUCUCUCUCUCUCUCUCUCUCUCUCUCUCUCUCUCUCCUCUCUGUCUCUCUCUGUCUCUCUCUCUCUCUCUCACACACACACACACACACACAUACACACACACACACACACUGACAGAGCUCAGGAAAUUUUUCUAGAGUUAAAAAUAGUGUAUUGCCCAACCAAAAUGUAUGGGUUUAUCUAAAAGCAGAAAGUUCUUAGAGAAUUCACUCAGUUUCCACAUAAAACUGAUAGUGUCAAAAGCAAGUAAAAAGACAUACAAAAGAGUAAAUUUUAUAUGGGAAAUGAGACUUAACUGCAAUCUAUAUUAUAAUUUAUUAUUUGUUCACUAGAAACUGAAUUUUCUAUAUGCAAAAUAUAAUUUCAAAUGGCCUGUUUCUCUCAUCAGUUCAAAUUAUCUCAAAAAUUAUCUCAAGUAAUGAUUAUAUAGAAUAACUAAAAGUGCUUUAUUAAAUCCUUUUCUCAUAUAAAUAAUGGUAUGUUUCUAUGACUCAGGUGUAAUGUAUUUUCCCUGAAGUUGGAGUAAAGAACGUUCUUUAGUACACAUAAGCUAAUCCUAUAUUUGUUCCUACCUGUGAUGUAAACUGUAAUAAUUGCUUACUAUAGAACAUGAUAAUUUGAAUUUUAGUGACUAUCCCAUUUAUAGGACUACCCCAGGAACCAAGAAAUAUGUAUGCGAUUGAUAAGAUUAAAGUAAUUCAAUUCAUUAAUAUAGUAUCUACUUAUUUUCAUUAUUUGACAAAACAUAUCCUGAAUAGGUAGUUACUUUUCAAGUUCCUCUGAGCAUGCUCCUUGUUCUCUUGUCUCGUGGAGAACACAACCAUGACCGCCUUUGUCAUCUUGUCUUGCUAGACAUUUGAAGAGCUUAUGCAUCCCACCUCGUUUGAGGAGCUAGGUCUAAAGGCAGGUUUCCUCAUGAUGGUGUCAUCUGUGGAUGACGCCAUCUGUGGUGCAGAGGGUUUUGCUCAUCUGCGAUUUGCAAGAAUAGCCUCCCUGAAGCUCUAUAUACUUCAUGUAAAAACGAUACAUGUUCACAAAUAGGAAAAGCCUCCUAGUCUAGGCUUGAAUAUUCUGAGAUUGGAAAGGUAUUUGUGGUCUAGAAGACACAUAAGUGUAUGUAAGAUAAAUUCACAAUUGAGUCUAGUUUGGCAGAACCUAGCAAAACAAAUCAUUCUCUCCUGGGCAUUUGCCUUCUGGAGUUUUCCCAAUAUUUCUAAAAGUGCCUCGUACCUUCAAGAACUGGGAUUAGCCGUGCUGUGCACUGUUUUACUAAUCCAGCGUUGCCCCGUGCACACACGCACCACAGCUGUUUGCAAUAAGGUCACUCAGAUGUUUUUCAAAUCUUGACAUUUAAUCCUGCCACUUCUACAGAUCUGAAUUCUUUGGGUCCCUGCACUUCCACAUUUGAGAACACAGGCUAAAGUCAAAAGACACCCAUGUCAGAAACUCUCAUGUCAUAAAAACACAAGUGGUCUUUGUUGACACCCUUAAAUGAACAGUGUACUGAGACCAUUAUAUUUACCAUUCAGAUUUAGUCAUCUUUGCUUCAAGUGUUCACACUCAGUAGACUUUGCAUCUUCACGCAGUAUUAUUAUAAGGUUAGACGGCAUCUCUAUGCUUUCUUUGAUACCUUCAUGAACACAGCUUGAAAAAAUUGUGAUAAUGAGUAUUAUGGAUAACGUUCUUGCAAGUCUCACGUUGAGCAAAGUUAACAUUGACAUUGAACAAAAUCACCCCUAUUCCAGUCCCAGGUGCUUUGUUUUCCUUAACACCCCUCUCUCUGCCUUUAUUUCUUAAUUUUGAAUUAAUUUCCUUUUUCUGUAAUGUUUGGAUAAAAGCCUUUAAGAUUUUUGUCCUCCCCUUUUGGAUAUUUUCCACGUAGAAUAUUUCCUUGCUGGUGGUUUGAUGACACUGUCAUUGUUCUCGUGGUCUUUUGUUUUCGAGUCUUCAUAGACAACCUGUUAAUUAGGUAGCAACAUUCAGCAGUCAUGGAGAAGGCCAGUAUAUGCUGAAUUUAUUAACGUAACAGUGACUAAGUUUUCUUUAAAUGAUAAAGCCAGCUUUUGUUUCUUUGUUUUUAAUGUGAAUGGCUAAAUAAGCUAUG